UCGGCACAUAUCGACAUCUUCCUCCACCAGCAGCAGCAAUGGCGAUCCGACCGACAUCAGCGCGCUCUCGUGCCUCCUCCUCUCCUCGCAAGACCAGAUCUUCGGUCGUCACAAAGCCCCGACUCUUCAACAAGGUUCCUUCUCAGAGCCUCUCUCAGACUCCCUCUCACAAGCCUGCAAUGCAGCAGCAGCUUGGCUCGUUUCGCUCCUUCGAUAAGCUUCCCGCAGAACUGCGUUUGAAGAUCUGGGCAUUGAGCCGCCCCAGCCCACGCCUCGUCUCCAUCCAAUGCGGCAGCGAUAUCUCGUCCAUCUCCAAGCCCAACCCACGAAGCGCGAACACUGGGUGCACAUCGCCGACUCCCAUCCCAGCCAGCCUCCACGCCAGCGCCGAAUCCCGCGCCGAAGCUCUCAAGACAUACCGCCCCAGCUUUGGCUUCUUUCGAGGCUCUGGCCAGAUCUUUUUCAACUUUAGCAUCGAUAUCAUGUACUUUGGUCCUCGCGAGGGCUUCAUGGCCGCAGACUCGCAGUUUCACACGUGCAUGACGCUGUGUGAUCCGGCAGAGCUUGCGAGCGUGCGCCGCUUGGCCAUCAGUGAUGCCUUGUUCUGGAUUGGCGACACGUACAAUUCCCUGACGGCUGCGAGCUUCACUCUGGAGCUGCUGAAGCAGAUUUGCAUGCGCAUGAAGGGGCUGGAGGAGCUCAUCUUCGUGCCGUGGGAAGAUGAAAUCAACGCCGUUGAAGCUGUAGUGCACGAGCGCAUGACCAGGCAGAUCCAGACGGCUAUGCAGAGCAUUGCACAGCUGUAUCCAUCCUGGGAACCGCCUGCAUGGAAGAUUGUACCCUUGAGUGAGCUUCCCAGCACGACUGGUUGAAAGUUCUUGCUGCCAGCUUGAACCAAGAGAUACUAUGCAAGAGACUCGAUAUCACGAAGAACACCGGAAACAACACCGCUGAAUAAGAAUAAGUAUAUGUAUAUACGACAUGUCACGAUACGCAACAGAUUCUCAGGCAUCACGUAUAGGGCAUCCCUCGGAUGGGACACCAAUCUCUCUCAGCUUCGAACCCGGAAUAUGUAUAUAUAUAAGAAGCAUUGGGCGCAAAGGGAGAGAGGAGGAUAAAGUGAUGGGCCUGCUGUUAUGCAGAAAGGAAGCAUCGAUGGAAUAUGAUGCUACAUGCACCACCGCAAACCCUGCCGCGACGAAGCAGGGAGUAGGUAACUAGGACCCGAAGCUGGAUCGAGGGGACAUUUCGAGUCGACAAGAAGAGAUACUCUUGAAUAUAGAGGGAUCCUUAGGACGAUGAACGAAAAAAAUUAGGCCAAUUAUUUUCAUGUUACGUCGACGAUAAUUGGAGGGUUCAAAAGCGCAGUAUGGCUACAUGCAGUAGCACAAUAGGAUUAAUGGAGAGCUAGCAAUAUAGGCUCAUAGACUGAUAUAAUAUUAUUCG